UUUUUCUUAAAGUAAUUACUCGUAUAAAGACAUGUUUAUGGGUAGUAUAUAUUUCAUUUCUGUCAAUAAAACUGUCUCACUGGACCUUCAAAGCACUAUAAUGUUGACACACACGUCUGUAGGCACAACCAUGUUAGUAAUGUUUUGUUUUAAUAUCAAAGUAAAACGUUUUUGAACUGUUCAAUUGAAUUAUAACAAUUAUAGGAUUCAGUUUUCCAUAGUUUUACUAUGACAUUAAAUACUUUUUUUAUGGCGACAUAAAACUUUUAUCAUCUACUUAUUACAUCCAUCCUGUGAUUUAAUGUUUAAAAAAUGCUAAAGGCCGAAGGGUGUCAUUUUUACAGGCUGAGUGAAUACAAUGAAUACUUUGUGCAUACAGGGAGUGUCCUGCAAGCAUCUUCACUCCUCACUGUCAUUGUAGGAUGAUGAUGCUGUAUAGUAUAGCUGCCCAAUAAAGUUUUAACAGCACAACGAGCAAUAAAAGUUGGAGCAGUGGUGCAAUCGUAUUUCACAUUUCAGAAUGAUUCUCUUUUUAUAUGCAUGUGUUGCUGAACACUGACCCCAUAAACCAUUAAGUAUUGGUUAAUUUUUGAUCUUUUUUUUCACCUUUUCCCUGCUGAUUUGAAAUGAGUGUGGCAUAAAGAGCGGUGAUCACUGUCAUCUUCCUCGACAGUGGACAAGGAGGACGUGGAGCAGUGUCCUGGAAUCAGAGGAACUUUUCUUCUCCAAUCUCAAAUUUGGAGACAUUGAUUAUCCGUGUCUUCUGCCAUCACAGUGUCCACAAUGUCCACCACCUUGCCACCUGUGUGUGGCUCCUCUGCCACUGUCUGUUCAGGCAAUAGCUGCCUUGUGCCUCCCAGUAACUUUAAUGAAAUGCUGAGCCUGGUGUUGAGCGUGGUGCUCACUGUGAUGCUGGCUUUGGUUAUGUUCUCCAUGGGCUGCACUGUGGAUGCUAAAAAGCUGUGGGGACACAUCAAGAGACCCUGGGGCAUCAUCAUUGGUUUCCUCUGUCAGUUCGGCAUCAUGCCUUUCACAGCAUUUGCCUUGGCGUUGGCCUUUAAUGUGCUGCCCGUGCAGGCUGUCGCCAUCAUCAUCAUGGGCUGCUGUCCUGGAGGCUCCGGCUCCAACAUUAUCUGCUACUGGCUGGAUGGAGACAUGGACCUCAGUAUCAGCAUGACUGCCUGUUCCUCCAUCUUAGCCUUGGGGAUGAUGCCUCUCUGUCUGCUGAUCUACACCACCACCUGGGCUGAUUCUGGCACCAUCAAGAUCCCAUUUGACAGUAUUGCUAUCACUCUUGUGGGUCUUCUUGUUCCUAUUGCCUUGGGGAUGUAUUUUAAAACCAGGUGGCCCCGCAUAGCAAAGAAGAUCCUCAAGGUGGGGUCCAUUGCAGGCUUUGCUCUCAUACUCAUCAUCGCUGUGGUUGGAGGAAUCCUGUACCAGUCCUCCUGGAUUAUUGCUCCUGCUCUAUGGAUUAUCGGCACAAUCUACCCUUUCAUUGGUUUCAGCCUGGGGUUCCUCCUGGCACGCUUUACGGGUCAACCCUGGCACAGAUGUCGAACCAUUGCACUGGAGACGGGUUUCCAGAACUCCCAGUUGUGCAGCACCAUCAUCCAGUUAUCCUUCAGCUCAUCUGAACUGGAAGUCAUGUUUUCUUUCCCCCUCAUCUACAGCAUCUUUCAGCUGGUGGCGGCAGUCAUGUCUGUUGGAAGCUACCGGCUAUAUAAACGGUUCUGUGGCCGUGGUUUAGCAGAUGCAGACAGUGAGGAUCCACCAUUGGAAGCUGAUGAUGCAGAUCCAACCAAAGAGAAGGAGUAUGCUUUGGAAAAUGGCGGCUUUGAGUUUGAUGGGAAUGACAGCAGCAAGGAGAAGGGUAAGGGCAACACCAGGCUGUGACAGUGACACCUCUGCAGAUCCCAGUCUUUGGACUGUCACUAUGAACACACGCGGAGCCUCAGCACGACUGAAGACAGCUGUCCACAUCAGCUGUGAACACACACUGCACCCUGCAGGCGAGAGGUGUGCAAACUUUAUUCGGAGUCAGAAAGCGUGUUAGGUCCUGUGCUGAUUUGAUUAAAACGCUUUCAAUCUGACCUUUUCAUGCCAUGUAAGUGGAUUAGCCACAUGUCAAUAUAUACUAUACUAUACAGAUAUUUGCUGUGUUUUGCACUGAAUGCAAUAUAAAUAUCAAUAUAUUAUGUUUAUGAAACUGUUAUAAUUUUAGGUGAUGCAUUUCAAAACUUCAGACAAUACAAAGUGUGUAGCAUGGUUUUGUGUUUAAAAGUUGUACAUUUCGUUAUUAUCCUCUGUUCUCAUGUGGCAGAUAUAUUCAGCCAUCAGUUAUUAUAGACCAACUCCUGUUAAGUUUUUUUGAAACAUGAUUAUAUGAAGUACUUAUACAUAGUCAGCAGCUUAUAUCCACCUGACGGCAUUCUGCUCACUCCCUUUACCCAAACUGUUAUUUAGUUGUAAUCCACAACCAUUUUAACAAUGUCAGGUAGGAGGGUUAGGGGUGUUAGGGGUCUACAAGAUAUCUCCUCUGCGGUGAGACCUGCUAUGACAUAUGGCUUAGAGAGAGUAGCGCUGUCUAAAAGACAGGAGGCAGAGCUGAAGAUGCUGAGGUUUUCUUUGGGAUUGACCAGGAUGGACAGGAUUAGAAACUGGACCAUAUUUGUGGGACAGCUCGGUUUGGAGGAAGGAGAGUGAUUUCAUUGACAACAGAUGUUGAAAAUGGAGCUGCAGAGCAGGAGAAAAGGAGGAAGACCGCAGAGAAGGUUCAUUGAUGUUAUGAAGGAAGACAUGAGGAGAGUUGUGAGAAAGAAGUGAGAGGACAAGAUGGAGGCUGGGUGCACUUAUGCUGUGUUUCCAUUAUGGUACGGUUCGGUUUGGUACGGUAUGGUAUAGUUUGGCAUGGUAAAGACCUGGUUCAGGUUUAACUGAAUAGUACCUUUACUUGGUAGCCAGGGUGUGGGCUGUGCCUGAUGGCUGUGUAGUGUGAUGUCGUACCUACCAACAACAGCGGAGGAGCCAUGAAGGUGCUUAUUAUGAUGAAAUAAGUAAUAUAUCAUUUAAUGGUUUUAUUUUUUAUAAUUUGUGUUAUUUGGGUUUUAUAUUUUGUUACUUUUUGUUGUUAAUUUGAUAUCACAGUAAUUGGGGACGGUAACAUCUAGUUAAUAUAAUCACAGGUGCACUGGCACGGGCAGAAGUAACUAAGAGAGAGAGGGUGAGUUACUGGGAGGCUGUUUUUGCUUUUGAUCACUGUGAUUGCUUUUCUUCAUGCUUUGAGCACAUUAUGAUGAAGUUGUCCUACUUCUUCAAUAAACCUGCUAAAAGCAUUCUUAGAUCUCAGCGGUUAUUUUAUUUAGUACAGCGCGUUGGACAAUCAGCUAACACCCUACCCCGACAUCCAGCAGCUCUUUUUUCCUGCUCGGUAUGUGGCUGUUUGUCAAGUCAAGUCAAUUUAUAUUUAUUUUAAAUAUAUAUAUAACAUUUUUUAUAGCAUUUAUAUAGCCCAACAUCACAAACGGUUUAUUUUGGUACUAUUCCUCAUGGAAACACAAAAAGUACCAUACUGUACUAAACUGAACCGGAAACAUGUCUUGAGCUGUUUGUAAGAUGCUGACUACAUGUUUUUAGCUUUUUUUCUGUACCUCAUAAUAAUAACAUUAUUACAUUAUAUUACAUUACAUUAAAUUAAAAUAAACUCUUCCAUGGAAGACAGGGCUUAGCACCCCUGAAGAAACCAUGGUAUUACAUAUCUGUCCUCUAUAUUUGUUCUUCAUAUAUUCACAGUUCAAAUAAUUUAUUUGCCCACUGUAAAAACUGGAACAACUCAUUAACUUAUGUAUUUUUAUAAAUGAAUGGCUUAUUAUAUCAUAAGUAAUUGCAAUUAAGAACAUUUACUGUCACAGGAUGUAUGGUGGAAAAAAUAUUUCUACGAAACCUCUCUGUGUUUCUAUUUUUUUUUUUAUUGUGUAUUCCAACACUGUUUUUGUCGUCUAUUUUAUUGUAUUAAUUAACAUUUCGGUACACAUACUAGUAUCAGUGAAAUAAACAUGUUAUUUGUAACCAU